AUGUCGAAAAAUAAAGCGAAAGUGUGGAAGGGCACCAGAAUCACCCUGCUCAAGAAGCUUAUCGAGAAACCCGAUGGAUCCCUAUCUUCUGCUAUUGCUGCCCAAGCCCUCAAGCGUUAUUCAGUCCCAGCUAAACCGCUACAGAUCAAGACAGUUCUCCAUCUAGCCCGCGGUCGUAAUGUGAUGCUCCUUGCUGGUACUGGCUUUGGUAAAUCGCGAAUACCUGAAUUGUUUCACGAUUUGAUCCCUAAGGAUUCGAAGGGAGUGGUACUAGUUUUAAACCCCCUGGACGCUCUCGGGGAUAAUCAAGUCAUGGAGAAGACAAACGCUGGGUUCACAGCGAUAAAUCUCACCAAACUUACAUUCAAUGCUGAAGAGGCCGUCAAAAUUCGGAAAGGCGACUACAACUUUGUAUACCUCAGUCCAGAAAUAUUUCUUAACAGCAAACUCUUUUCACGGGUCUACUUCAGUUCUGAAUUCCAAUCGAGGCUGGCUCUGGUGGUGGUUGAUGAGGCACACCUCAUCUAUCAUUGGGGAAUGGUGAAAUCUACUCGAGGAAGGAAAUCAUCCUCAGCACUUGGACGUCACGAGGAUCGCGGUGUCUUUCGACCGUCUUACGGCAACCUUGGCGGCCAUCUCCUAGCUCGGAACGCGGCUCCGAUCUUACUCCUGUCUGCGACGUGCCCGCCUGCAGCUGUUCAAGCCAUCCAAAGGAACUUGAAGUUGGAUGCAUCAACAUUAGUCACACUGAAGGGAGAACUCACACGCCCAGAGAUUCGAAUUAUUCGGGUCUACAUGAAGUCAUCUCUUACAUCCUGUGCCGAUUUAUCUAAUAUCUACGGUCCAGCUUCUGUAACCCCCAACAAUAAAAUUGUGCCAACCCUCAUAUACAGUGGGACUCGACGGAGAACCGGUCAAGUUCUAGAAGUCCUGGCCGGGGCUCGUGGCACACCAGAAGAGGUGUCAAACGCUCGCUCGACUUGGGCCCGACGCUAUCACUCCUGUACUGGCGACCGCGACAAGGAAGAUGCAGCGCAAGAUUUUGCGGCAGGGAUAUUCCCAGUUGUGUCAUGUACAAUGGCACUGGGCCUUGGACAAAACUGGACCCGGGUGCGUAUGGUUGUACACAUGGGUCGAGGGGAUCCGUCUGCCAUAUGUCAAAUGAUGGGUCGAUGUGGUAGGGACGGCAAACCUGGCCUGGCGGUCUUGUUUGUUGAGAAAACUCGAGUCAAUGGGAAGAACAAUAUAUCACAGUUUGCUCACAGUGGGAUCCAAACUAGUGACGACCGGAUGGAUGCCCUAGCCGUGACACCAGUCUGUCUUCGGGUGGCAUUUGCAAUUGACAACCGUUAUGGAUACAUACCAUUGUCAACCAGUGAUGAAAACUACAUGGUGGAGAAAGCUCGCGAGGCAGAAGAGAACUUUGCUUGUUGUCGAUGUUCAAAUUGCAUGCCCACCCAGGCAGAAAUCCUGUUCGAAUCCUUAUCAAGUAUGACUUUAGACAAUGUGGACACAAUGAUUCUCGAGGACAUCUCUGUUGAAAGCUCUUGGGUGAAAAAGAAGAAACCUGUCACCCAUCGCCGCACCCCAACAACCCCAAUGGAAGAUGCGGAUACAGUGGAGAUUCGAGAGCAAUUGUUGCAGGUGGGGACCACAUGGAUAGCAGGAAAGCUAUCGGCACGCAGCUUCAUCCAACCCGGGGAUAUAUUUGGAAAAGAUCAAAUAGAUUGCAUGAUUGAGCGGAUUGAAGAGCUCAGGACCGAAGAAGAUGUUAGAGUUGCUGUAGGUGGACACUACAUAGAAGGCCUAGUUACCCAGUUGCACAAGGUCAUCGAGAUUUUCAAGGACAGCGACAUUUACCAAAAUCAUUAUGCCCGAGUUCGAGCAGAAGAAGAAGACAAGUAUGUUAAAAAAACACCAUAUAAACAUUUGGACGACAAUCAGAAGAAAAGGAAGGCCGAGUUGAAAUUGAUUGAUGCAGCUAUCAAAUCAAAAAAGAUUAAUCCAUCUAAACAUGCUGAGGUCUAA